AUGUCCCUGUAUGCAAAUGUUCGCUCAUUAAUUCAUAGAAUAGUUUUAUCCGAUAUUAAAACUGUGAGUCGAUUUUAUUCCAACCAAAACGAUGAAAAUGUGGAAGAAAAGACAAUUGACCCCUCUAAAGAUAGAACUAAAAUAAUCCCUGUAGAAACUAGCAUUAAAUAUCUUCAAAGCAAAGCUUAUCAAGAGACCUAUGGUGUCAAACCAGUGUGGACAUUAUAUCGACGUAAUCACAAAGGUGGCUUUGCUCCACGUAAAACUAGAAAAUCUUGUAUUCGAAGUGGUGUAAUAUCAACCGGAAAUCCAUGCCCAAUCUGUCGAGAUGAGUAUCUAGUUUUGGAUCAUAGAAAUACAAAGUUGCUUCAACAAUUUAUUUCGGAAUACACUGGACAGAUACUGGAUGCCUUUAAAACUGGUUUAUGCCAAAAGAAACACAAAGAACUGUUGGUAGCAAUUGAAAGAGCCUGGGACCAAGGAAACCUUACAUAUGAUGUACCCUUCAGAGAAUAUGAUUAUACUUUGUAUAGUAAACAUCAAAUUAAAACCACAUUUUAA